CACUCUCCCCUGUCUGCCGGCGCCUCCGUCUUCCCCCGAAAUCGCCGCCACCUUCCGGCGCGACCCCCGCGGGCUCUCCUCGCUCCACUCCGCGUCGCCGCUUCGUCUUCCCGUCCCCGCACGCUCCUCGGCCGGCGGCAGCGGCGGCGAUGAGGAUCGACGAGGUACAGUCGACGUCGAAGAAGCAGCGCAUCGCCACCCACACCCACAUCAAGGGCCUCGGCCUCGACGCCAAUGGGACGGCGAUAGGGAUGUCGGCGGGAUUCGUGGGGCAGGCGGAGGCCAGAGAGGCGUCUGGGCUGGUGGUCGACAUGAUCCGCCAGAAGAAAAUGGCUGGACGCGCGCUGCUCCUCGCCGGCCCACCUGCCACCGGCAAGACCGCGCUCGCUCUCGGCAUCUCCCAGGAGCUGGGCAGCAAGGUCCCUUUCUGUCCUAUGGUAGGAUCAGAAGUGUACUCUUCAGAGGUCAAGAAAACUGAGGUCCUGAUGGAAAAUUUUCGUAGAGCUAUAGGCUUACGUAUAAAGGAAAACAAAGAAGUCUAUGAAGGAGAGGUUACAGAGCUUUCCCCAGAAGAAUCUGAGAGUUCAACCGGUGGAUAUGGGAAAAGCAUUAGCCAUGUAGUAAUUGGCCUGAAGACUGUAAAAGGGACUAAGCAACUAAAGUUAGAUCCUACAAUUUAUGAUGCUUUAAUCAAGGAAAAGGUGGCAGUCGGUGAUGUUAUAUACAUCGAAGCUAACAGCGGCGCAGUGAAAAGAGUUGGCAGAUGUGAUGCUUUUGCUACAGAAUACGAUCUUGAAGCAGAGGAGUAUGUUCCAAUUCCCAAAGGGGAAGUCCACAAGAAAAAAGAAAUAGUGCAGGACGUUACACUGCAUGACCUUGACGCUGCAAAUGCCCAGCCACAAGGAGGCCAAGAUAUUUUGUCCCUUAUGGGCCAGAUGAUGAAACCACGGAAGACUGAAAUCACUGAGAAGCUGCGCCAAGAGAUCAAUAAGGUGGUUAACAGAUAUAUCGACGAAGGUAUUGCAGAGCUUGUACCUGGUGUGCUGUUCAUUGAUGAGGUUCACAUGUUGGACAUUGAGUGCUUCUCUUAUCUUAAUCGUGCUCUCGAGAGCUCAUUAUCGCCAAUUGUAAUACUCGCUACGAACAGAGGAAUAUGUACUGUAAGGGGAACUGACAUGACAAGUCCCCAUGGUAUCCCAGUCGAUCUCCUAGAUAGGCUGGUUAUCGUACGGACACAGAUAUAUGGCCCUAUCGAGAUGAUCCAGAUAUUAGCUAUUAGAGCACAAGUGGAGGAGAUUGAAAUUGAUGAAGACAGUCUUGCAUUUCUAGGAGAGGUUGGGCAGCAGACAUCUUUGAGACAUGCUAUUCAGUUGCUGUCACCUGCCAGCGUAGUUGCCAAGGCUAAUGGGAGAGAGAAGAUCUGCAAGGCUGAUCUCGAAGAUGUUCGUGGUCUGUAUUUGGAUGCAAAGACCUCUGCUAAUUUGCUUCAUCACCAGCAAGGAAAAUACAUCACCUAGAUUACCCUUGCACAAGAAUUUUCAGCUGUCGGCUCAGGUGACUGAACUCGGUAAGCAGGUGCAGACUUCAAGAGCACAAUUGGGGGCAUUGUUUUCGUAGCAGGUGCACUCUGGACUGGACUUCCAUUGGUUCCAGAGGACAAUUUGAUUCUGGUCUAUGGCUUCUGUUUGCCGAUUAGAUUUAGAUUAUGUGUAGGGAUUAUCGUGCAUCUUCGUUGCCAUUGCUAAUUAAUGGUUAGAUCUCGUUUUCCCUCUUCGACUACCAGUCAGCCUUGGAUGUAUCAGGUCGUGAUUCUAUUAUGGUAGAACUGGAAUUUCUUGGAUUAUGUCUUGUGUUAAGACCGACUCAACCUGUCGAGCAUGUAUCAUUGCACGUUGCCUUGCUCACUUGAGCUCAAUAACACAUUGGGGUUAUGCUGUAA